GUCGUGGAGCGCAGACAGAGAAGGCGCUGGCAACCAUGGUGCUGGCGUGCGACAUCGACCUGCUGAACCCCCCGGCGGAGCUGGAGAAGCGGAAGCAUAAGCUCAAGCGCUUGGUGGCCUCCCCCAACUCCUACUUCAUGGAUGUGAAGUGCCAGGGCUGUUUCACCAUCACUACUGUAUUCAGCCACAGCCAGACCGUCGUGGUGUGCCCAAGCUGCAAUACCGUGCUGUGCGUCCCCACUGGCGGCAAGGCUCGUCUGACCGAGGGCUGCUCUUUCCGCCGGAAGGGCGAUUGAGCUCAUUGCGUCAGCUAUGGGCGGUCUUGUGAUGUGUGGGCAGCCCAGCAGCGGGACUUGCACUCUUUCCAAGACCUUGACACAAUGCGCAGCCCUUUGGGCCGCAAAGUGAGGAGCACGGCUGCAAGGCAAGGCGGUGCAGACAGCCCGCACGCCCUUCUGCACCCUCUGGGCGGCUCCCGAGGCUCCACCCUAGUAGCGUGGGUCGCUGGUUUUACACCAGCGCACCCCACUUUAGCUGCCAGCCUCGUGGCUUGUGCGGUCCAGGCCAGGCUAUUCCAGGAAUCAGACAUGGAUUUGUUACUGCCGCUCAUUUGUCAGCGGCUUAUGUAACUUGCUUGAGGCAGCCAGCG